UUGAUGCAAGGUUCAGUUAUCGUCAGCAUUUCGACGUAACUGUCCAACAUGGGCGUCAAAGAAAAAAACGGUAAGAAAUAUGAAUUGGUGGCGCCAGAUGGUGGUUGGGGUUACAUGAUUGGUGUAGGCGUAAUAAUAAAUUUGGUAACCAUAUCAACGUUCCUGGCUAGUUUUGGAAUGAUAUUUAAGGAUCUUUUCAUCGAACUGAACAUGGAUUCAACUACUAUUACUUUUUUAAAUGGAGUUAGUGCACUAUGUGCUGCUUUAGCAGUCAGAUUAUCCUACUGUUUACUUUUCCGUUUCACUAUAAAUUCACUGUUUUCGUUUCCAGGAAUGAUUGUGAAUCCUCUAUUAAAGUUUCUAUCUUUACGUCAACUCGGCCUGGUUGCUGCGACAAUAUUUAAUUUGGGAAUAUUUGGCAACGUUUUUGUGAAUUCGAAACUGACAUUUUUCCUUUGCUUAGGAGUGCUACAGAGUUUGGGUAAUGGAUUGAUAUAUAAUAUAUCCUGUACAGUAUUAAAUAACUAUUUCGUUAAGAGACGACUGCUGGCUGUCAGUUUUACGCAGACUGUUAUUGGAGUUAUCGCCUUAUUUUCACCUCAAUUUGUCAAGUGGACUUUAGAAACAUUUGGAUUUAGAGGAACUUUAUUAAUCAUAUCAGCUGUUUCCUUGCAAAAUAUAGUCGGAAUGGCCUUGAUGCAGCCAGUGGAGUGGCACAUGAAAAAGGUUAAAGUAUCCGAAGACAAUGAAAACGAAACUAAGUCCCUUUUGGCUUCGGAAGAAAAAGGUUUCAAAGGCAAAGAAGAUUUAAAACCAGUAAACAAAUCUGAACCCGAAAACGACAUCAAGAAAUCAAAUGAGAAAUUCAGUGUUGAAAAUACAAAAAAUGAUGAGUAUCAAGGCAGAAAGAUGACGAUACCUCGAAUUCAAGCAGUUCAAGCGACGAUAACGAAAGUGAGGGUACUCCCAGCAAGAAACGCCGGCUCCCGGGUAACGGUCGAUCCGAGAAUCGACGCAUUAUAUGACCAGCUGAACUUUGCCAACUUUGUCAUUCAACGGGGCAGACUACACUGUCGCAAUUCCCAAAUAUUCUUGCGACGCUUCGGCAAGAGACUACCCCGUCAAGUACAACGUAUCCCUCAAAAUGUUUACAGAGAGAUGGUGUGGUGGCGCGGAGCCACUUAUCACUCGUUAUCGAUACACAAAAAACCAGCUACCCACUUCCUGGCAACGGAUGCCUCAGACGUGGGUUGGGGCGGUCAACUGGAUGGAAAAGUGAUAAAUUUCAUUUCAAACUUCAUAGACGUCUCACUUUUUAAGACCUUUCUUUUAUCGAAUGCAGCUGUCGGAGUGGCUCUAAGUUUGUUCUCUGAAUAUUUAUUUAUAUUUAUGCUUCCACAAGCCUUAUACGCAUUAGGAUGGAAUGAGGGAAAUAUAGCUUGGGCUCUGACUUUAAACGCGGUGACUGAUUUGGGGACGAGAGCUUUUUUUAUAUUCAUGAGCAGCUGGCUUCUUAACAUUGGAAGCCAUGAGAUUUACGUGGUUGGACUAGUCCUGGCUCUAGUUACCAAGCUUGGAAUGCUCUGGUCGGAUGAUAUGUUGGUGAUGACAGUUUUUAUAACAAUGAUGGGAAUACCGCGUUGCACUAUAAUGUUGCUUCUACCAGUAGUAGUAGCGGACAGUGUAGAUCAAGACAAGUUUAGCUCUGCAAUGGGAAUAGUGCUACUAUUAUUUGGAUUCUUCAAUUUGUCUGUCGGUCCCUCUAUAGGUGCUAUACGGGACUUGACAAAUAGUUACUCGACAGCUUUCUACAUAUUAUCAUCAUGUUUUGGUAUAGUCAUUAUGUUCUGGACCAUAGAAUUGAUAUAUAAAAAGAACAAACACAAGAGGAUACCGAAAGAAGAGCCGAUAGAAGCCUGAUAAUACUAAAGCUUGCUC